CUCACUUCUCUUCCUUUCCCAUUGCCCCACACACACUUUUCACACCUACACAUGUCCCUAACUCACCUACCAAACACACCCUGGUGGACACCUCAAGAUCCAUACCCUGUUAUGGACUCAUCCCCCCAUCUCUCCACCACCGACCAAGAUUCCACACACCAACUCUCUAAACAACCCAUGUUCGAGAAACCCUUAACUCCAAGUGAUGUUGGCAAACUCAACCGUCUUGUCAUUCCAAAACAACACGCCGAGAAGUACUUCCCACUCUCCGCCCUUGACCAACAAAAAGGCUUUUUGCUUAGUUUCGAAGACGAGACCGGAAAACCGUGGCGCUUCCGGUACUCGUAUUGGAACAGUAGUCAAAGCUACGUGUUGACUAAAGGCUGGAGUCGUUAUGUUAAGGAGAAAAGGUUGGAUGCCGGCGACGUCGUUUUGUUUCAACGUCAUAGGUUUGAUGGUGACAGGAUGUUUAUAGGGUGGAGACGUAAGCAUGCUGCCGUGCAGAUGCGAGAUACUGGUGGUGAGCAGGUUAACGGCUGGAACCCUACGAUGGUCAAUGAUGCGCAGGAUAGUUAUCCUGCGCCCUAUAUUUAUCAUACUCAUCCAUGCCAACAUGCCAUUGUUCAUGCAGGAGGUAAUGUAGAAAGUAGUCAAAGAUAUGUGGUGGCUAGUGGGAACACAAGGAGGGUAAGGCUAUUUGGUGUAAACCUUGAAUGCCCAGAUGAGUAUGAGCCAUCAGCCCAAGAUGGUUCGAGCCAGAGUGGUCAACCCCACAUUCAAUACUCUUCCGGUUCCAACAAUCUCGGUCACAAUAUGAACAUCAAUUUCAGCCAGUUGAGGUACCAUCACCAACAAGAAUAAGAUCCGAAGAAUGUGACAUGCAUUGGAUUUCUCAACUUUGUCAAUAAACACCAUACAAUCCAAUCCAAGCUGCCCAACAAUUUGGCGAAAUGUUGAAGCCCAAAAAAAAUGAAUAGUACAUAAACCAAGAAAAACAAAAGAAAAAUCUCGAAAUUCUUCAAAUAGGUUUCUUUGAUAUGAACAAUCUUGACAUGUUUUCGACCUGACUCGUCUAUUUUGCUAGUUUAAAGUUUAAACAAUUCCGACCCGACCCUAAUAUUUUGUUAUUUUAUUUUUAAGUUGGGAGAUAGAAAAUUAGAAAAUAAAAAAAGGGAUUGAUUAAGGAAAUUGACAGGAGGGCGACUGUCAGGAUUCUGUAUGAUAAUUUUGUAUGCUUCAUAGUGUUAGUAGUACUUGGUGAAAGUACUCUU